AACUAAUCUCUUAAUCUAUUCAAAAAUUGUUUUUGAAGUAACCCAAAGGUGAAAAAGAUCUCUCAACACUUAGAGUUACAACCGAUAAAAUUAAUACAAUUUUGAAAUGUUGCUUGGAAGGUAAUUAAAAAUUGCAUGAUAACCAUGGUAAUCAUUUGAAAUUUGAAUAUAGUAUCGAAAUAUUGCUUGGAGGCAUUGCAAUCAAAAUUUUAUUCAUGAUUCUAUCUUAUUGUACCAAUAAUUAAAGGUUGAGAUUCAAAUUGGCCAAUUAUCGUCUGGAAAACAAAAACAUAUGUGUAGUUGGAAUAACGAGAGAGAAGGGUAAGAAAUAAAUAUAUAGUUAAGUGGGCCCUUGAUUAUUAUACAAUCACUACCAUUUACCUUUUUCCCGUUAGUUGUUCCGUUGGCUAUUAAUUUAGGAUUAGUAAAAUAGAAAAAUGAAAGAAAAGGAACCAUUGGAGGAAUCCCACCUGGACAGCCUGCAGGAACCCCUGCAACCUAGUUUGCAGGUAAAUAUUGUCUUAUGAUUUCACAAUCCUUAAUUUUAAGUUUUAACACAGUAAGUACCGCGGUUUUAACAAAUAUAUCUUCGCUUCUCCCAUGCCCGAGCCCAACGCUCCCGUUAUUCAUUGUUAUUUGUUCGGUCAAGAUUGCAAGCCCAAGCAAAAACUGCAUGUAUUGGUGGGUUAGUUCAUGGAUUAUGGAAAAAAAAAAGAGUUUAGUACCCAUAACAUUGAAAAAUUAUGUUUUGUACCUACAUUUUAUUAUUAUUAUUAUUGCGUUUAGUACCUAAACACCAACCAAAUCCAUUUGAUCUACCAGUCCAUUUAACCAAUUCAUGUAUCCACAAAUCCAUGAAUUCAACCCAUUUGCCAAUUCCGUAUAUAAUAGAGACAACGUAAUUUGUUGUUCACUUAUUCCUAUGUUUCUCUCAAUAGCUAAUUCGUUGAUGUGAAAACUUACAAAGUUGUGGAAUUGAUAUGGUUGCCACAAGUUGCUACAAUAAGUAAUUAGGAUGAAGUUAUUUGGAUGAUUUUUUUUUUUUAGUAGGACUUGGAGGCUAGCUAGAGAUUUUAUAUAUACACACACGCACACAGGGAUUCAAACACCACCACCACCAGCACAAAGAAAGAGAGUAAGAGAUCGAGAAAUGGAAGAAGUAAUUAGGCAUGAUGAUGAUGAUGAUGAUGAGACUCUCCUGAUGAGUAACAAUCCUCCACUAAUCAUCAUCCUAAUCACCAUUCUAAUCAUCCUUUUCUCAACCAUAUCCAUCCUCAAGAAACAGAGCAAGAACAAAAACAGAGCAUCCUCCUUUCCCCUGCCUCCAGGGCCAUGGAAGCUCCCCAUAAUCGGCAACAUCCACCAGCUGGCCUUCUCCUCCAACUCCGGCCCAGUCCACCGCCGCAUUUCCGAACUGGCCCAACAAUACGGCCCAAUGAUGCAGCUCCAGCUCGGCGAGACCUCCAACGUCGUCGUAUCGUCCCCUGAAGCAGCCAGAGAGUUCAUGAAAACACACGACCACAGCUUCCCCCUCCGGCCUUACAUGCCGUCCGCCAGCAUCAUCUUCUACGGCGCCAAUGAGAUCGUGUUCGCGUCCGAAGGAGAUGGCUGGCGGCGGAUGAGGAAGCUCUGCACCACGGAGCUGCUGAGCGAGAGGCGCGUCAAGUCCCUGCGGCCGGUUCGAGAAGACGAGGCCGGCAAGCUGAUGCAGUUGAUUGGGCGGAGCCAGCCUUGUGCAGCGGUGAACCUUAGCCGGCUGCUGUCCGCCGUUGGCAACUCGAUCACGUCGAGGACGGCGUUCGGGAAGAUCCGGGAGCUAGAGGGAUCUUUCCUGCCGGUGAUCCAUCAAAUCGCUCAAACGAUUGGUGGGUUCAGCGUCGGGGACAUCUUCCCUUCCAACAGGCUGUUGCGUUUAAUCAGUGGAACAGAGAGACAACUGAAGAAGCUUCACCAAGAGGCAGAUGUCAUCCUCCAGGGAAUAAUUGACGAGCAUGUGUCGAGAAGAAGAAGAGGAAGAGAUAAAGAGCAUCCGGACACAGCCGAAGAAGAUUACGAUGAGGAUCUAGUUGAUGUGCUCUUGGCUUCCACUGACAACCACCUUGAGGUUAAAGGCGUCAUCAUGGUAAGUAUUUUUGGGUGAGUAUUUUAAUUAAUUAAUUUUAAUUAUUAAUUAAUUAAGAUAUUAAAAGAGGGAUUGCCUUUGACACUAUUCUUUAGAGUCAUAUCAUUAGGGUAUUUUUGUAAUUAAUGAAAAUUUUGAGGGGUCAUUAUUUUAAUGGUUUUACUUUUACCUUUCUUUCUUAAUUUUUCUCCUACUUUUACACCUUAAUUUUUCAUAGAGUUUACAUAUAAUUGAACCAAAAUUCAUGGGGUGCUCAACCCAAUCCGAUCCGACCAAAUCAAGUUCAAUAAUUUUCAUUAUAGUAUACAUAUAGAUGAAUCCAAACUCAUGGGUUACUCAACCCAAUCCGGCUUGACCAAAUUGAGUUGAACCUGGUGUUGACGAGUUUUGGGUCGUCAGAGAGUUUUAUCCUCUUUUAUAAUUGACUGUUUGGGUUGGUGUGGGUUUUUUUUUUUAAAAAAAACUCGCCCCGCUUUCCAUCCACAUACAAAAAAUUGACCCGGUCAAUCUGUGUUGAACAUGGUGUUGACGAGUUUCUGGGUCAGAAGCGUGUUUUACCUGCUUUUGUAAUUGACGGGUUGGAUUGGGUGUGGAAACUUUUUCCACCAUAUCUUAGACUCAAAUCAUUAGGGUAUUUUGUAAUGAGUGAAAACUUUGACGGUUUUAUCAUUUUAAUGGUUUACCUUUCUUUCUUAAUUACUUUUAUACGUUAAUUUUCCAGGACGGAUCAGUUCAGUAACCCUUCAAUCAGUAAAUAGUUUAGUUUGACCCUGCUGUAGCUUUUGCAGAAGUAGCUUCUGGCUGGAGCUUUUAGAUAAGUACUUUAAAAAAAAAAGCAGUUGAGUGUUUGGCUGUAAAACUAUUAGAAGUGCUUUUUAAUAUAAGAGGUUGUGUAAAAUGACUAUAAAGGACUUAUAAUAUAAAAUAUGAAUAAAAUUCUAAACAAUAAAAAGUAGUCAAAAUGGAUCUUGUUAGAUUUCUUUUUUAUUGAAUAAUAUGAUUUUAUAAUUUAUUUUAUUUUUAAAAUGAUAUAAAUGAAGUAAAAUUAUAUUUUCUGAAAUAAAAUUAAAAUAUGGUAAGGAUAAUCUUGUAUUUUCAAAACAGCUUUUCGCAGAAGCUCCAAAUCGGAGCUUCUGCUUUUAUAUUAUACAAAAGCGCUUUUCGGCUUUUCAAAAGCCGAGCUUUUACAGGUGUUUGGCCCUGCUUUAGCUUUUGAACCCGAAAAGCACUUCUAAAAGCCGGGCCAAACAUAGGGAAUGUCAGUAACCAGUGGCGGAUUCAGAAAUUUUUUACAAGGGUGUCUUCUUCAAAAAUUAAAUUUAAUUAUAUAAUAAAUUAAAUAAUUCGUAUAUUAAAAAUAUCAUAAUUUUAUAAUUUGUUAAAAUUUUUAUUAAAUAAUAAAUUAAAAUUCAUAUUUUGAAAAAAAUAUAAAUAAACUCCGUGUCUGCACUAUUAAAAAAAAUUUACAUAUCCUACUAGACAAUACUUCACGAACUUAUCACAUAUUCGAUUUCUAACAUUGUUCUUAAUGUAGCUCAAAGUAGAAAAGACUCUUUCAACAUUUGCCGUGUAACCAUAAAAUCAAUUCAAAAUUAAGGGUAGCGUGUACAUAGUUUAAUUAUUUGGUAUUGAAAAUAGUUGGGGAUAAAGAAAUAGCGUUUUACUGAUGCAUGAUGUUUAAAUUAGAAUAACAAAUGAGUAGCAACAUAAUUAGAAUAUGUUUGAUAAUAGUAGUGUCCUACGUUGGAAUAAUAUUUUCUUAAUCAUAAGCAAACUAUUAUCGAGGGUAGGAUAAUCAUUUUUUCAAAUGUUAGGAUGUCCCGGAUUACCAAUUAUAUUUUGUAUACCCAUACGAAACUACUACCGGAGGUUGGAUAAUCGUUUCCCCAAAAUUUAGGGGUGUCCCGGGACACCCCUAGAGGCCUAUGUAUCCGCCCCUGUCAGUAACUCUUUUAUCUGUCCUCCACAUGUAAGUCUUUGUCUUUUGUUUAAAUUGAACACGGAGGGGUAAUGGGGUAAAUUGCACCAACCCCCAUUUAAUGCUAAUGUUCUAACGCUGACUGUUGACCAGACACGGACCUCACUCCAUGUUCAACGCGCGUUCUCUUCUCUCCCGCUCUUUGUUUUAUUAUAAAUAGAAAAAGUACAUUAUUUCUUCUCUCUCUUCCAUCUACAAUUAAAAGAAAGAAGGUAAAUGUAUAUGCUCUCUACAUUCUAACUUUAUCUUUACAACAAAAAUGAAUCUAACAAUCUCAGUUAUCUCUCCUCUAAUUCCAACUCAAACUGAAUGAUGACUUUUUCGUUAAAUAAUUCAGUGCUAAAAACGGUAUUACAAAUCUAAUUACCAUGCCAUAUACCAUAUGGUAUAACUUCCUAAAAUAAAAUUACAAAUCUAACUACCACACAAUACGACGUGGUAAACAUGCUACAGAAAAUUACAAGUCUAAUUACCUUACCAUACCAUAUGGUAUAACAGGUUAAAAUAAAAUUAGAAAUCUAACUACCAUAAAAUACUAUGUGGUAUAACGUGGUAAACACAUGCUACAGAAAAUUAAAAAUCCAACUACCAUGCAAUACCAUAUGGUAUAACAUACUUGAAAAAAUUAUAACCCUCUACGACUAUAGUAAAACAUGUUAUCCAUAAAAAUAUAUUUCGUUACCACACAUUACAAUAUGAUAUAGUGUCGUAAUCUCUCUCUCUCUUUCUCUCUCUCUCUCUAUAUAUAUAAUUACGACUUUCUUCUCUUUCUUCUCCCCUUCAUUGUCUUCUAACUCUUCUUUCUUGGAAUUGGUGUCAAUUACCACCCAGUACCAUCAUGAGAAAGCUCGUGACUAUAAAAAUAUAUUUCGUUACCACAUAAUACCAUAUGGUAUAGUGUGGUAAUAUCAAUAUAUAUUAUCUAAAAGAAAAAAAUGGAAGGGAGAAAAAAAAAACUCGUCUUCUGUCUCCUCUCAUCUACUCUUUCGCAAUCAAGAACACCAAAUGGCAAAAAAGGAGGAAGAUCGGAAUUCAAAAUUCAUAAACAAAAACUAAAACAUAAAACAUGCAAAAACUCGAAUCACCUAGAUUUUCUCCUCUUGAUCGAUUUGGAGUGUCACCAAUUUUGAGGCCGAGAAAAGAAAGAAUAGAAGGAGCAACUCGAGAGAAGAAGGAUCUGAAGUGUCAUCGAAUUUGAGGUCAACGAUUUGAUGAAGAGAAGAAACGCAAUGAAACAUGGAGGUUGAAAAUUUUCUUUAUCGAUUGAUGUAGAAAAGAAAAAUGAAGAACAAGAGAAAGGAGUAGAUCUAGAUACGUAGGAGGAGUUUGGGAGAGAGAAAGGAAAAGAAAAGGAAGAGAGAAAGAGAAAGCAGAGUUGCAGAGAAGACAUUUCUCUCUCCUCCAAUGAAAAUCAGCUAUUAAAUACUGGAUCAAUAAAAAAACAAAAUUUAAAAAUAGAAAAUGGACAAAUAUGCCCUCCCCACCUUGUUUCCAUCUCAUCCGCUUGAUGCCGCUCCGCCCAAAUCAACGGCCCACGGCUGGUUACUAACAGGUCAAGUCUAAUUUCCCUUAGAGUCUACAUAUAAAUGAGUCCAAACCUAUGGGUAUCCAACCUAAUAUGAUAUGGUCAAACCGAGUUGAACCUGUGUUGAAGAAUUUUCGAUCGAGAGCGAAUUUUACCUUCUUUUGUAAUUGCCGAGUUGGGUGGAGUAAAGAUUUUGUUAAAAACUCGACCUGCUUUCCAUCCACCUCGCAUAAAAAAAAUAAGCCAGAUCAAUUCGGGUUGAACAUGGUGUUGUUGAGUUCUUGGAUCGGAAGCGCGUUAAAUCUGCUUUUGUAAUUAACGGGUUGGAUCAGGUGUGGAUUUGGAUUAAAACUCGGCUCGCUUUCUAUCUUUUGUAAUUAUCAAGAACCUUGAGGGAUUUAUGAUUUUAAUGACUUUCCUUUCUUUCUUUACCAUUUUUACCUCUUAAUUCUUUCUACUUUUCCUCCAUUCCACAUCGAGAGGACCUCUUUAUAAUUUUCCAACCUAAUCAAACAUGCCCAAAGCGAGUUGAAACGGUUGUUUACGAGUUUUCGAUCGAGAGUGAAUUUUGCUUUUAUAAUUGGAUGGUUGGGUCUCGUGUGGAUUUUGAUAAAAACUCGACAGCUUUUUCCAUAUGACAGCCACCCAAAAGCAAAACGAUUGACCCGAUCAAUCUCGGUUGAACCUGGUGACCGGUGUUGAUAAGUUUUGGAUCGAAGGUGUGUGUUACCCGCUUUUCGAGUUGUCGGAUUUUGUCGAGUGGGGAUUAUUGUUAAAAUGGCAUGCUUUCAAUAUGUUGUAAUUAAUAAAAACAUCGGGGCCUAUACGAUUUUAGUCGGGUUGGAUCAGGUCCUUAAUCCUCAUUGUUUAAGGAGGUUCUUAAACCAUUUUUAUUGGUUGAUACUAGAUUAGGUAGUUAAUGGGGGUUAGUAGUUAAUAGUUAGUUGGAAUAAAUAAGAUAUUAUGAAAAUAUAAUUAAUAUUACUCAUUAAUGAUUCUCUUUCUCUCUCCCCCUUAUCUUCUCCAUAACCAAGGUUGUCAACCAGCGGGUUGACCCGGACACCCGGUCGAGCUAGUGGGUCAAGGGUUAAUGGGUCACCCAUUUUAGCCCGUUUUAGCCCGAAAAUAUGGAAAGAGUCAUUAUAUUGUACUUAUCCUGAUAAAUUAUAUCAAAUUUUAUCUAAAAUAUGAGCAAUAACAUAUAACAGUACACCAAAGUAACAUAUCGUACUUAGAUCCAACAUAUAGUGAAAAUUCAUACACACUUAUAUAACAUCAAUAUUCAAAUGUUCAACUAAGGAUUUCAAAGAUUGAGUUAGGCGAAAAGAAAAAUCGAAAAAGGCGCAUUUCGCAAACCAAUGAAAAAAAUAAACAAUUUGACCUCCAACACGAUACCUAUAGCGGUCGACCCGACGGGUGCGUGCGGCCCGCUUUUCUCAACGGGUCAGGGUUAAAGUGGGUCGACCCCCGGAUUGACCCGUGGGUUGACAACCUUGUCCAUAACCCUCUCUCUCCACUACAAUUAAAAGGAAAUUCGAAAUUAAUUUAAUUAAAUAUUUAUUAUUUAAUAUUUAAUAAAUUUGAACUUAAUAU